CACACGCCCCUGCAGUUCUCCGAUAACGCAGAAAACACGUCUGCACACAAUAUAAUCUACCAGAGCGCAAAUCUCCAAGUUUAACAUAGGAACACUGAAGAGGUGCCAACUGCUGAGUAAGACUGGGCUAGCAAAGAGCAGAAGACUCAGGUGUUUUCACUAACGAGCUGUUGCUCUGUUACACCUGGUCUGCUGCCAGGAAUCUCUCCACGCUCCACCGCACUGUUUUCUGUUUUUGACAGCCCACUGCCGUCUCUGUUGUAACAAUACCAAUACAGAAGGCAGUAUACAUCAAGAGUUCUUCUUUCAACUUUAUCCACCUGUCCACCUCCAUCAUGACUGCCAGACGGACAGUCGUGCUCCUUAUGGUGGUGGUGCUGCUCCUCUGUCUGCCUGGUCCCCUACAGAGCUUCCAACCACUCUUCACGUUUGAUGGAAGCUCCACCACUCACCGUCACAUCACACAAAUGGCAGCACUCAGAAAGACGGCUGAGGUCUGCCGAGAUAUUGCUGCCUCUGAGGGACGGGACUUCAGCCUGACUAUUGAUGACAGCUUGUCAGCAGAUAAGGUGCAAAGGGCUUGUUCCUCCACAGCUACGUCUGUCCUCUCCACUGUCACGUUCCAAAUUUCCAUUGCCACUAUGUACUUCAGCAAUGCAAUCGUGGAUGUGGUUUAUGCACUGAGUGAGGAUCACCAUUUCGAUGAUGAGAAAUUUGAGGGAGGACGGGAUAUCAUUACAGCAGGUGUGUCCGCUGUGAAGAAAAGUGUGAAGCUGGAGAACUUUGUCGCUGGAAGGUGGACUCUAGGACGAGUGUGUCACACCCUACAGGAUUUCUACAGUCACAGUAACUGGGUGGAGCUGGGGAACAAUGCUCCAUACAGUGUUCUCAUCAAACCAGACCAAGCUCUUGAUAACCUGGCAGGACCAAAUAUUUCAACUUGCAGAAACUGCACAGGAGCUAACUGUACAGACAACAUCCUGCCCGACGUGCUGCAGCAGGGUCUUCUCACUUCAGGCUAUUUCAAUCUCUUCUCCUCAGCAAAACCUGAUGGUAAAUGCAGCCACGGGGGGACAUUUGACCGGACGAGCAAGCGGGAUCCUAUAGGGGGCAUCAAUAAAGAUACCGUUGGUUCAAGUCACGGCUCGCUUCACCACAAAGCAGCUGAUGUGGCUGUAAAUGCCACUAUGGAGCUGCUGGAGGACAUCAGAGUAGCUGUUGGAGACAAGAAUUUUCUGCGGUUGAUGGGCCUCUCCCAGUCAACUGUGCUGUGUUUUGUCAUUGACACCACAGGCAGCAUGAGUGACGACAUUGCUGAAGCAAAGAGGGUUUCCUUUGAGAUCAUUGACAGCAAGAGGGGAACUGAACAGGAACCCGCCGCUUACAUAUUGGUACCUUUUAAUGACCCAGGUUUUGGGCCUCUGCUUAUGACAACCGAUGCAGAUGUCUUCAAAGACAGCAUCAACAAGCUGUCUGCAAGUGGAGGAGGAGACGUACCAGAGCUGUGUUUGUCUGGCCUGCAGCUUGCCUUGACAGCGGCUCCAUCCGCCUCUGAGAUCUUUGUCUUCACCGAUGCUCCAGCUAAAGAUGCAUAUCUGAAAAACACCAUCACAGCCCUUAUAGAGAGCACCAAGUCUGUGGUUACUUUCAUGCUGACAGACGUCCUGGCCAGUCGACGGCGCCGCAGAAGUGCUUGGGGUUUGGUUCCACGUGCAAUGAGUCAGUCAGAUGCCCAGCUGUACCGUGACCUAGCUCGAGCUUCUGGAGGUCAGACCAUUGAGGUCACCAAGACGGACCUCUCUGCAGUCACAAGCGUGAUAGAAGAUUCAUCCUCCAGCGCCAUGGUGACAGUUUUUCAGAUUGUGAAAAAUCCUGGAACGCCUGAUAAUUUUCAUUUUACCCUUGAUGACUCCUUAAGGAACAUAACCGUCUACAUCACAGGCGCCUCGUCGCUCACCUUCAAUCUCACCGGCUCCACAGGUGAAUCUCAGAAUUCCAGUCAGUCCUCUGGUCCUUUGGCUAGCUUCACCACAGCAGGAAAUUUACGACGUUUGAGCAUCAACACUAGCAAUCAAACAGGAUUAUGGCAAAUCAGCAUUAACUCUAAUAACCCAUACUCUGUAAAGGUCACAGGUCAAAGUUCAGUGAACAUUGUUUAUAACCUUGUGGAAGCGCAUGAGGGAGCCCACGGUGACUUCAGUCUAAAGGAGGGACGUCCUCUUUCAGGGGGUAAUGCCAGCAUCUUGGUCUCAGUGACAGGAAGUGACACUAUAAAUGUCACAGAGGUCUCUCUUUUUGACAGCUCAGUGCCAACUGAGGUCAAUGGAUCAAUACAGUCGGUUGGAAGCGGGAAUUACCUGGUGACAUUUAGUGGAGUCCCUGCAGGUGAUUUUGUGCUUAUCCUCAAAGGAGAGGACAUCAACUCCACCUCCAGGUCCACAUCAAGCACCUUCCAGAGACAAGCCUCCACACAGAUCAAGACCACCAGCAUCUCUGUUACUACCCAAGUCAACAACACCAAUAUUGAGCCAGGCUCCACUGUCUCCAUUCCCUUUAUAGUCGCCACAACUACCAAUGGAGUUGUAAAUGACUCUGCAACUGGGACGUUCACUGUGCAGGCUAACAACGACCGCAGUUACGCUUCAACUUCACCUAGCACAGUGACUAUUGAAGCAGGCAGUGGUGGUAAAGCAAACGGCACCAUUACCUUAACAGUUCCAGCCAGCGCUGCAUCAGGAACAGAUGUGACUCUUACCAUUGAGGCACAAAAUGCUGCUGCUACUGACAUCAAUUAUGCUGUACUCAGGUUUUCUGUGACUGCCAAGGUAACAGAUGUCACUCGCCCAGUGUGCCAGAUAGUCAGUACAUCAGAAAACUGUUCCUCUUCAUCACUCUGUGGAUCCUCCCAGUGGGAAUUCAUCGCAAAUUUCACUGAUGGCAUCAAUGGAACUGGUAUUGACGGCAUCACCGUCCGUCAAGGGAACGGUACUCUCAAUACCAGCACAGUGGCUGGAGCUGGAGGUGAGAACAUCACAGUGGUUACCUACAACGCCUCCUGCUGUUCACCGAAUGUGGAGCUGACUGCUGUGGAUAGAGAAGGAAACGUGGGGACAUGUGUCGGACAGGCAAGAGAAUCUACCACUGCAGUUCCUUUGACUACAGCUGCAGUUAACACAACAUCCACCGGAGGGCACGCUUUGGGCAUAUCACACUUUGUCUGGGUCACUGUUGUGGUUUCUGCCUUUUGGAAGUAAAUAAAGGGACAUUACACAGUAAAUAUGAAACUAUAAUCAUGUCACUUAUUUGAGAUUUGUUGUUUUUCUUCAGCUGUUUAUUUCUAAUUACUGCUGCAGGAAGAUGGUGGUGGCUGUUUUCUGUCAUUUUACUGACUCCUCUUUAUGUUUACAGAAAUGUAUAUCUUUUUCGUAUAAUGUUUGGUUUAAAUGCAUAAAAUGUCGCUUUAAACAAUUUAUAUAUUUACAUUUCAGCUGGUGUGUAAAUGUGCAGCACAUUAUAGCUGAGUGGUGAAGCUAAUGUGCCUGAAGCUGCAAUGGAUUUUGAACCUCUUUCUUACAAAUAAUAUUUUUCUACAGGCAAUUUAGGAAUUGCAGCAGGUAGUUACACCUCUUGAAAUGUGCAUCUUGGUGGCUGACUUGAGAAACACUGUUGCAUUAGGAGGAUAUUUUAUUUUAAGUGAAGUAGCUUGUAAUGUCCUUACUUGGAUUCUGUUUGUUUUAUGGUUCCCUGAAGAAUCCUAGUAUUGACAUGCUUGUUACAGGGGGAGGGGCUUUUCAUUUUGGAAUAUGCCCAGGGUAUUAUAGGGAAUAUUUUGUGUUUUAAUUAUGUUUUAAAAAAAAAAAUUCUGGUGUACAAAGGCUGCUUUCUCUGAGUCUUCCCUAUAAAAAUCUAUUUUACUUGUGAUGGGAUUCUAAA